AUAAAUAAAAUAUAAAAUAAAACAAUAAAUAAAAGCAAGGAAAGGAAGGCCAAGAGACAGAGGCCAUCACUGGACCGCCACUUAUUAACGACCACGCGUCAUGGAAGCCGCCCAGAAUUCCGGACAGGCGGCACAGCAGCUCGUUGGGCCAGCAGACGCGGUGCGUGAGGAGGAGACGCACCAGCCGCACCAACAUCCGCUGUCGAACGGUGUGGGCAGUCUGAAGCGCCAGAUCAGCCGUUUCCAUCCAUAUCAUGGAUCAAACAUCCAGCUGGAUGACGAUUCCACUGUCGCCUAUCGCAGGGCGAGCUUCGCCGAUGCAUUGGCCUUCUCGGAGCGUCCUCUGGCGCCGGGCGACAUAUUCCUAGUGGAGAUUGAGCAGAUCGAGCGCGGAUGGUCCGGCCACAUGCGCCUGGGCCUCACCGAGCUGGCUCCCAAUGUGAUCGAGGCAAGCGCCGAGGGCCUUCCACACUUUGCCCUGCCAGACCUGGCCAAUAUGGGCAACAGCUGGAUAUACCCGAUAUCCAAGUUCGAUAUGAAUCAGCGGCAGGAGCCCGUCGACAUCAUCGAGCCGGACACCUAUAGUCAGUCACACCGAAACCUUCUGGGCGAUGCCCCACAUAUAAGGACGCCGCGUGGCCUGCUGCCAAAGAGACUGCUGCGUCCGGCCAUGGGCAAGGGAAACUCUGACAUUCUUCUCACCGACAGAGGCUCGCGCAUCGGCAUUAUUUACGUGCCCUCAAGCAACAGCCCGUCCAGAGGCGAGCUUCAUUUCAUCAUUAAUGGCGUGUCCCGUGGACCCGUCGCCAGAGAAAUUCCUUUAAAUAUGGCCCCCCUGUUUGUUGUUAUCGAUGUGUACGGCACAACCAAGCAGAUUCGCAUUAUCCAGCUCGAGGGCAUUCUUUCCCUGCAAAGCGCCUGUCGCAAUGUCAUCCUGGAGAACGUUCCAGAGAAUGCGAUUGGCCACCUGCCACUGCCGGAAAGCAUCAAAAGAUUCCUGCUGCGUCGAGACUAGGGUCACACAUAUAUUAUAUAAAUGGCUCUAUGUAAUAGAGUUCCGUGUGAAUGUAGAGAGAGAGAGAGAGUGUGUGUGAGACAGUGUGUAUGCAUGAGCGUGGAUCGUGAUAGUCUGUUUACCCAUAUUUUUAUAAGCAUGUAACACAAGUACCAGCAUCAGUAGCAGCCACAACUGAAGUGCCCGUACGUUGACUCUUGAUUCCAGACACCAGGCGUCGAGGGCCGCAUCUAAUGGAUUGGAUUGGUGACGAUGCACUCCGGUAACUUCCGUUAGCCACGACUUCCCAGUUGAGCACUAUACAAUACCAUUCCCCUGGUCACCCUCCUUUCGCUGUGGCGGGCGUAUAAUUGUAAAAUGUUCUAGUUAUAGUUUUGAUCGGUCUGGUUUCGUUAAUUAAUUUUUUUUGAGAAAACUAUGUUUGAGAACAUAACCAAUCGUUAUCCAACUCAAUAGGAGAGGAUGCCAUGCCCCUAUCUGGGAGGACAUUUACGAUUAUCUACCAGCUGCAGAGCACCAGACCGGACCCAACACACCGCCCUGCCUUUUAGCGUUUCGGUUCCGAUCCAUUCAAGACUGUUUCCGUUUGCUUUACUCCUAAGUGAUUGUUGCUAAAUGUAAGUUAUGAGUGUAAUAAAAUAACGAACGAAGUUGCUGUAA